CGGGGAAGGCGCACAAGCAUCUUGUUCCCGGUGCCAUUCAUCUCGCCAUACUCUCCCGCCAUCCAAGAUAUUUCUCUCUCUUCCUUCAAUUUUCAUAUGCCUUACAUUCGCAUCGCGCUUUCUUGACUGGAGCACAUUCUCCCAUUGCCCAUCAUGCCUCAGACAAAGAACGACAUUCUCCCCGACAGCGAGAUAUACGAUGAGUAUGAUGAGAUUAAGCCUGGCUGGCAGCCAGUGCUGGAUGACAUCCUGCGGACAUGCAAUCCUGAAUCUGACCAUCACAUCGAAUAUUUGAUUGCGUCUCUCAUCAAGGAGUACCUGCUGUCGAACGAUGAUGGCGCAGCCGCGGUCUUUGCACGGCGGUUUGAUGAACUCUACGGUACUGUCUACAAGCCCAAGUUCGACGGUUACCGACGCUCCAAGAAAGGUUGGACGGGUUACCUCACAAUCUUCUACGAGUUGCUUUUCCGAACUGCAGUUCAAAUUCAAUAUGACGAUCCGAAGCAGGAAAAGGUGAUCGAACUUCUGGUGGAACUGGGCAAAUUGCCAUCACGCCCCGCCAAGAUCUUUAAGUCAUUCGAAUGGGUCGACAGCCAGGUUUGGAGCAGCUAUCCUCUCUUGCGACGAGGGCUCUAUCAGGUUUACGCUGGAGAGAUGUGUCUUCACUGCUUCGGCGACUUGACCAAUCCGGACAAUCUUCUGUCGCUCAAACGCGCCAGCGCGGAAUAUGUCAACUACCACGCAUUCAGAGCACGCUGCUUAGCAGCUGGGCUGGACGCCGGGGAGGAGGGCCGGUUUCAGAGCGAGGUCCACAGUAUCUCGGUCGGCCUGGACCCGGGUGUCCUCGACUACGAAGCGCCAGAGAUCGACUGCCAGGUCAUGGCAGCCGCGCAGUACAUCGUCCUUGCCGGAGACGUGAUAUAUGCCGAGUGCGUCAAGAAGCAGUUGCCGUCCUACCGCUUCGCCUGGAAGGGAUGGAAGCACAGCAACGGCCCUUCCGUCUGGAAGCAUUGGUCGGCCAAACUCAAUGAGAUUGCGGAUGCUCUGGAGCGAGGAGGAGAUCCCGACUUCAAGAUUCUUGAAGGAAACAGGGAAGCGUUGACGGACAUGGUGAUCAAGGCCAGAGACAAGAUGUUGGAUCUGGAGCCAGAGCUGCCUGCCCAGUCCGAGUCAAGAUCCGUGGAGGAAGGAAGGUUGGCAGAGGAGACCACUUCGGCACUGGCAGCAGCGCCAACCGCCCAAGAUUCUCAGGUGUCGGCCCCUUCUGACUCUGGCACGGACCCCUCCCACUCAGAGACCCCGGCCACCAAUUCAGCUCCAGCUUCGUCGAGCCUUCUCAACACGUGCUCGGCUCUGGUACGGGAUUUUGUAAGAAAUAUAUGGAAGUAGGGUGUUGGCCAGACUUGGGAUGAUUUUGCAGGUCUGUUGUAGUACUUUCUCUGUGUAGUACAGGCGGGAAGCAGCUUCUGCCCCUGGAGCGCGAUAUCGGGCGACCCGGGAAUGCGGAAGCCCAAAUGACUUUUGUUUGCACUAAUUACUUCGCACCGCAGCCAGCCUGAAAGACCAGAGGCGUGUUUGCUAGAGAAAUAUUGCGUGACCGUGGUGGCAGCACCAGGAAUAUCGGAGCAAAGAAUGUGCAGAUAGUGUACCAUGAUGC